UACCCAUUUGCCCAAAACCCCUUCUCAGUUCCGUAAAAGAAAAAAAACAAAAUUUUUCUCUGAAAUUUUUACAGCUUUCAUUGUCACCUCUCAGUCAAACCCAACAAAACGACACCCAAUCCGUGAAUCUCCUUAGCAUAAUACAGUACCCCAAAAAAUAUUUUAUGUAUUCAAAUGGGUCAAUUCUCUUUUGGAUGAUUUUACUUUACACCAGAACAAUUAUUCUUAGUUUUCACGGGACUUGCUAAUUCUUGCUUGAAAGUUUUGGACUCGGUGCUUUGCUUGUGUAUAUUAUACUCUACACUCACAUGCCUUUCAUACUUUUUCGUUUCUUUGGAUCUUUCUCCAUCUGUUUGUGCGUAUUUUUGGGGAGAAAUCAGUGAAUUAUUGGGUUCUCAUUGCUAUAUAUUUUGCCUCUUGCUUAAAAGUUCAAGCACUUCUUCAUUCUUCUUAGCUAAACAGCCUGAGUUUGAAACUUAAGAUUCUUCUUUUCUCUCAUAAUGUCGGUGGAAUUUGGAAGGUUUUCUGUGUGAUUUCGAUUCGAAAAAAGAUGGGGAUUGUGUUAAAUCAAGUGUUGGUCAAUUGUUGAAUCUUCUUAUCAGAAUUUGAACUUAAAAUCUCUGUUUCUCUCAUUUUUGUUGAAAUUUGGGGAGGUUCUGUGUGUUUUUUAUUGGAAAAGAUGAAGGUUUUUGUGUUGAGUGAAGUGUUGAUUGUUGUUUUUGCGUUUGUGUUAUGUGGGUGUGUUUUGGGGAAGGAGUGCACUAACGUUCCUACUCAGCUCUCAUCACACUCUUUUCGAUAUGAGCUCUUGGCUUCCAACAAUGAAUCAUGGAAGGCAGAGAUGUUUCAACAUUAUCAUUUGAUCCAUACAGAUGAUUCGGCUUGGUCGAAUUUGCUUCCCAGGAAGCUUUUAAGGGAAGAGGAUGAGUUCAGUUGGGCUAUGAUGUAUCGAAACAUGAAGAAUUAUGAUGGGUCAAAUUCAAAUUUCCUCAAGGAAAUGUCUUUACAUGAUGUGAGAUUGGACUCUGAUUCUUUACAUGGGAGGGCUCAGCAGACCAAUUUGGAUUAUUUAUUGAUAUUGGAUGUGGAUAGACUUGUGUGGAGUUUCCGGAAAACAGCGGGUUUGUCGACUCCUGGAUUGCCCUAUGGAGGUUGGGAGGCCCCUAAUGUUGAACUUCGGGGUCAUUUUGUAGGUCACUACAUGAGUGCAUCAGCGCAAAUGUGGGCCAGCACUCACAAUGAUACUCUCAAAGAGAAAAUGUCUGCAGUGGUUUCUGCUCUUGCAACCUGUCAAGAAAAAAUGGGUACGGGAUACCUAUCUGCUUUCCCAUCAGAGCUGUUUGACCGUUUUGAAGCCAUAAAGCCGGUCUGGGCUCCUUAUUACACCAUACACAAGAUCUUGGCAGGUCUUUUAGAUCAAUAUACAUUUGCUGGUAACUCCCAAGCUUUAAAAAUGAUGACAUGGAUGGUUGAGCACUUCUACAAGCGUGUACAAAAUGUGAUAACGAUGUACAGUCUUGAAAGACACUGGUUGUCUCUUAAUGAAGAAACUGGUGGCAUGAAUGAUGUUCUUUACAGAUUAUACAGCAUAACGGGAGAUCAGAAACAUUUGGUGUUGGCUCACCUUUUUGACAAACCGUGCUUCCUAGGUUUGCUUGCAGUACAGGCUGAUAGCAUAUCUGGUUUUCAUGCCAAUACACAUAUCCCAGUUGUUAUUGGAUCCCAAAUGCGGUAUGAAGUCACUGGUGAUCCACUUUACAAGGCAAUAGGGACAUUCUUCAUGGACAUUGUUAACUCCUCUCAUAGCUAUGCAACCGGAGGGACAUCAGUUGGAGAGUUCUGGUCAGAUCCAAAGAGGUUGGCAAGCACACUUCAGCGGGAGAAUGAAGAAUCAUGCACAACUUAUAACAUGCUAAAGGUUUCGCGCCACCUCUUUAGAUGGACCAAAGAAGUGGUAUAUGCAGAUUAUUAUGAGCGCGCCCUGACAAAUGGUGUUUUGAGCAUCCAAAGAGGAACAGAUCCUGGAGUAAUGAUUUACAUGCUCCCUCUAGGUCGUGGAGAUUCCAAGGCCCGAAGCUAUCAUGGAUGGGGGACGAAGUUUGACUCUUUCUGGUGCUGCUAUGGGACAGGAAUUGAAUCAUUCUCGAAGUUAGGAGAUUCCAUAUACUUUGAAGAAGAGGGAAAAAGUCCCGAAGUUUACAUCAUCCAAUACAUAUCAAGCUCACUUGACUGGAAAUCUGGACAGAUUGUGCUGAAUCAAAAAGUAGAUCCUGUUGUUUCAUGGGAUCCUUACCUUCGAACCACAUUGACAUUUACUCCAAAGGAGGGGGCAGGCCAAUCAUCUACCAUAAAUUUGCGGAUACCAGUUUGGGCUUCUUCAAGUGGUGCCAAAGCCUCAAUUAAUGCUCAGGAUCUGCCUGUACCAGCUCCAAGUAGUUUCCUAUCAUUGACAAGAAACUGGAGCCCUGGUGAUAAAUUGACCCUUCAGCUGCCCAUUAGACUAAGAACAGAGGCUAUUAAAGAUGAUCGACCUAAGUAUGCUUCUAUUCAGGCUAUACUAUACGGCCCGUACCUUCUUGCUGGUUUAACUAGUGAUGACUGGGACAUCAAAACUGGUUCAGCUACCUCCCUUUCGGACUGGAUAACUCCAAUUCCCGCCUCUGACAAUUCUCGCUUGGUUUCUCUGUCCCAAGAAUCUGGGAACUCAAGUUUUGUCUUCUCCAACUCUAACCAGUCGAUAACAAUGGAGAAGUUUCCAGAAGAGGGCACGGAUGCCUCUCUACACGCAACUUUCAGACUCGUCCUAAAAGAUGCAACUUCUCUGAAAGUUUUGUCACCAAAAGAUGCUAUUGGCAAAUCAGUGAUGCUAGAACCAAUUGAUUUGCCGGGAAUGGUGGUAGUGCAACAAGGAACAAAUCAAAACCUUGGAAUUGCGAAUUCUGCGGCUGGUAAGGGCUCUUUGUUCCAUUUGGUUGCAGGAUUGGAUGGAAAGGAUGGAACGGUUUCUUUGGAGUCGGAAAGCCAGAAGGAUUGCUAUGUGUACAGUGGUAUCGAUUAUAAUUCAGGUACAAGCAUUAAGCUCAAGUCCUUAUCUGAGUCUGGGUCAUCUGAUGAAGAUUUUAAUAAAGCAACCAGUUUUAUACUGAAAGAGGGUAUCAGUCAGUAUCAUCCUAUCAGUUUCGUAGCAAAAGGGAUGAAGAGGAAUUUUCUUCUGACACCAUUACUGGGUCUGAGAGAUGAAUCUUAUACAGUGUAUUUUAAUAUCCAAGAUUAAAAUUUUUUAGUACUAGUCCAAUAAUACAAUAAUUUUCCUUUUUCUAGUAA